AUGUCACCCCCAAAACCAAAACCCGACAAAUCUCCAUCACCACGGCCAAAGACCCCCAAGAUCACGCCCACAAACUCCAAGAAUGGCGCCCCGACAAUUUCACCGACCAGAUCGGCCACGGCGCUGGGAGCCACCACUCCCAAGAGUGUGCCGACACCUACCAAUAGCGGCCUGUCACACCACAAGAAGAAGCCCGAGCUGAAGAAGCCCGAGCCGAGUCUUCUGGGUGAUUUCCUACUCGGCCGACCAUCCCCGCAGCGCGUAGCCGCACAGCGCUCAGCCUCGAAGCGACGAAAGACCAUGUCCAUGGAUGCCCAAAAUGUUCGAGAGGAGCUACGCCAAGAGAUGCGCGCCGCAGCUGUACGGAAGCUACAACAACCUGGUGGCGUUCGCGAUCGUGUCAAGGCAUGGCAAAAGGCGUCGCAGGCGGCAGUCAAGGCAGAGGGCCUUCCUAUUCCGGUCGCAGAAGAUGCGCGAAGCGAACCGACCGAAUUCGCUGUCAACUUGAGCGGCGAUGACGUGGACGAGGAGGACCGAAUGAGGAUCAAGUGGCGGCAGAAGCCCCCCAAGAAGAAGAAGCCAAAAUUCGAGACGGUGGAACCCAAGGGUACGAGUGGGAGCGAUAGCACUGCCAAGGAAAAGAUAAAAGUGCUAAGGAAAUUGGCCGACGACAGGCCCGAUGUUAUUAUCAAGGAAGCGCGACCAAGGCCCGAGUUGCCCAAGAAGAGGAUUAUAAGCGACGACCACUGGAUGAAGAAGCAGCAAAAGGGAAAAGGGCAAGCAAAAAGUCCGGUACCCGAAGCAGGCCAACCCAUACCAAAAGACUUUCUCAAACGAACGGCGCAAAAUCCCUCGGUACAAAAGAAGAUCAGAGAUUGGGCUCAGAGGGUAGAGCUCCCGCCGCCCCCGCCACCUGUUGCCCGGCGCCCGACGGUCAAGACAUAUCGCCAUGCCAAAACCGGUGAGACGGUCACGGUUGAGGUAGACGAGGACGACGAUCAUCACCGCGGGGCACUGUCGGAACCAGAUAUGCCGCGUAGGAAGCGUUCAUCGUCUGGUGAAAGUAGGAGGUCAAGCUCAAACCCAAGGACGCAACAGUGUCCACCCAAUGAUGGAAUUAGGGUGCGUUCCUUACAGAAACGGGGCUCCAAAGAUGAUGGAAUAAGGAUCUGCCCAGCAAAGCCCGCCCGGUCACUGCCAGACGAUGGCAUUAGAGUUCGCCCGGGUCCUCCUGUCUCUGCCGACAGCAGCAGCAGGUCCACUUCUACAGUUAGUCCCUCCUCUUCGUCCGGGCGGACACCGAGCGAUCGGUCCGGUAGCAGAACACCCCCCAGAGGAGCUUCACCUCCUCCAAGAAGAACCUCAACUCCGCCGCGAAGAGCUUCGACCCCGCUUAGAAAAGCAUCGACUCCCAAGCCAAGAGCGCGUAGUGAUCACUCGGCUGCUUCUGACGAUGUGAUAGAAGUCAUCGUUGAACCUGAAAGCGAAGUGUCAUCAAGGAGGAGCCCGAGUCCUCCGCCGAAGAGAAGGUUAAGAAGCCCUCCACCUCCGAAGAGGAAGCUGCCAAGAAGAAGGGGUUCCCGUGGCGGUGCGCGAAGAAAACCGAAGCGAAGAAGUCCUAGCCCACCAAACACAGCCACGCAAACAGAAACUACAACGGAUGACAGGCGACCGGGCGCUGACAAACCAAUGCCAACUCCUAGGAAUGGUGGAUCAUCCGCAGAGGAUUCUGACCGGCGCCCACCAACUGCCGCUGGCGUUGAUGAUUUAGCAGAGAUUCCAUUCGGCUUUUCGGCGUUUAGCGAACUGGAACUCCCGUUGAGGGGUAAUACCCAGAGAACACAUGCCCGCCAAAAUGCGAAACCUAAGCCGAAACCUCAGAGAAAUGAAAGCCUCAAACUAGUACCGAAUGUCCUCAAAAAGGUUAUGACCGGCGCCAUGGAGAAAAUGCAGGAGAUGGCGGAACCGCCGAGGCCUCCCCCUACAGGGACCAAGCCCGCUAGAAUCGAAUCUUGGUUGAACAACACGGUUGACCCCUUCGUAGAGGGUAUGCCGAACUUACCACCAGUUGUUGCCCCCGAACCCCUACGAGUCUCGACCCCUGAGCGCAAUUCCAAGGAGAAGUUGGUCGACAGAGAUCUACCAGCUCAUAGGGAACGGGCCCCCGAGCGCAACUCGAAGGAGAAGCUGGUCGAUAGAGAUGUGUCGACGCACAAGGCACGGACUCACGAGAUUUCCAAGCGCGCUUCGGCAGAGCUGCCGCGCAGGAAAGAGAGACCUCAGACUCCGGUAACCCAUGAAGAGCUACGGAAGACUUCAACACGAUCGGAUGAUAGCGAAGUAACUCCCAAGAGGAGAAAGAGUCCUACAACUACCCCUGAUUCGGCGGCGGGGCUGAAACGACGCUCGACUCCUAGGAGCCCAACAUUACCGCGAAGGAGCAGUGGUUCCGCAAAGAAGCCCUUUCGGGAUGUGUUGAAGGAGGCCUUCAAGGGCGAAUCCAGUGCGCACAAAAUAGCACCUAUGGUAUAUCCCAGCUGCGAGACGGACGUUGAAUCUGAACCAGAAACCGAGGAUGACUUGGAGUCCAGGAGAAGCCCACCGCAGCAGCGCUCUCCUGACUCAUACAAGAGAAGAUCAGCAUCUCCUGAUCGCCCUUCCAGAGCCGAUUCCUAUUCCUCGUCAGAACCUAGCACACGGGGGCCCUCGCGCAGAAGACGACCAACGAGUGACUUGCAUGAUCUAUCCACCAUACUAUCUGAGGACUCCCGCGAAUAUCAGGAACCAUAUGGCAAGAAGGAUACGGAUAGCGUCUCCACUGUUUCCCAAUCCACCGUAACACAGGCUCCCGAAGAGGCGUUCGGCCAGCCGACACCCCUCACCAGAGAAGCGAGUCAACAGUCACAAACCUCUCAAAUAUCCCGCAAGUCUGGCAGCUUGAAGCGCCGACUUACUACUAAGCACUCUGAUUUGGUAUCAGUGCUCUCACUUCCUGACGAUGGCCAGCUGGUCCCACCCAGCCGCUCAAGGAGCAUCAAGGCCUCGCGCAGUCUUCACAGAAAGCCUAGCAAGGCUAACGACAGUAGGGUCAAUGAUCUGCUAGAGGAGUUUGCCGAUGAUGAGCACUUCUAUCAUCGAGAACUGAAGACCUUGGUCGACGGUGUCGUCCCCGUGCUCUUGAACGAGUUUGUCCAUAGAGACAAUGUGGACGAUGCCGAUCGCAAAACAGACAGCAUGGCCAAGGCUGUGGUGAAUAUGGGUGUCGCUCUCGAGAAGUUGUGGACUUACCACAAGCGCGCGCCCCUGCAUGAUAUUCGGAGGCUCCUUGAAUGGCUCGAAGCCGUCUCGCCGGUUUAUAACAACUACCUUGACGUAUGGCGAUUGGGAUUCCAGGAUCUCAUUGUCAACCUCGCACCGCCGAGCGGGAAGAUCGACGAGAAUGACUCCCUCCUGAAUGCGCUACCUCGCAAUGAGGAUGGUGAUGUGCUCAGCUACAACGGUGAGCGGGUGGAUGUUGCGUACUUGUUGAAGCGGCCCCUGAUCCGAAUAAAGUGGAUGUACAAGUUUCUCCGGGCGGCUGUUAUGGUGAUCAAGACUCCGGAAACUGAGGACCUACUCAAAUUGUACGGCAACCUCCAGGAGAAGGCUCGAACACGGCAUCGUGAGGAGUUCGCUCGCAUGACCGAUGAGGACGCCAACAACACCGACACAACACGCGCCAGAGACCUUCGCAACCUGCGACCACUGGACAACGUUCGGAUCGAUCCGAGCAGGCAAGUGGCAGCUAAAGACUCGUUUGAGAUGGACCUUGAACACUCGAGCGGCCAACGACUUGAGUGCCAAAUCGAACUUAUGCACCGAGACAGGGUCAACGUGCCUUCUGACAUGGGGGAUAUCCUCAUCCGUGACAUCAGCAACAAGGCUAAGCCAUGGCUGCUUUUCCCGCCUGUUCCAAGGCAGUACAUCUCGGCAAGAAAAGGCGAGAGUCCCAGGAGCAUGAUUGUCAUGAUCCGCGGUAGACAUAACGGCGACGAGUGGUAUGAGCUGAUCAAGCUGUCCACUGCCGAAGAGGUCCAGAUUACGGACUGGCUGGGGAUUUUGGGUAGCGACCCCAUGCCUCCCCUCUCACGACCUAAGCCGCCGAUAAGCAUGAGCCUUAUUCACGUCAGCUCACCAAAAGCGGACGACCUCGACGUCCCGAUUGGUGAACCUAGCGUUAUUGGCUCGUAUGAUGAUGAAUUCAGGACGCCUAGCCGAUACCACAAGCGACAAGCCAGCGCUCCGGUCACCUCCUACCCGGCUCCCAACAAACACAUUCCGUACAGCGAAUCUGUGGAUAUCUUCAGAUCUCAGCCAAUUACCCCAGCCUACGGAAUCGAAUCUGUGCCUAUUCCUCGGCCCCUCAACAUCAAGGGUUCAGCUGCCGUUCAACCUCCGGUGGAGCUUGGUCCUACGACCCGGGUGAAGAGGCGCACAUCCUCUCCUCUCAAGCACGAAUAUCACCCAUCCGACAUCGACUCUGAGACUGAAGAAUCCGCCCGCAGUGACUCGGAGUCGUCAUCAUCCUCCAGCGACGAGUUGGACGAAGAUGAUGUUCCGGAUACGAUCCCGGGUUAUAGCCUCAAGCAACCCUUGCCCCAGAUCGUUGAAGAAUCCGUUGUUUCAGAAAACACUAUAGCGCCAUCACAAUCAGCUUCUCAGGCUGGAGCACCUCAGCCAGGGCAGCAAACCCCGCAAGAGAGGACUGUGCAGAGGUUUGUUGCAUCAGUCUCGUACUGGUCCAACAGAAAGGGUAUCUGGAGGGAGAUCAACACUGAACCCUCGCGCAUCCUGGUCUUCCCCGGAAGUAUGGAGGUACACAUGCUCCAGGAAACCCCAGGGAACAAACAGGCGUACCCUCUGCAGACCUCUGGCACGUCCGAGGUCGAUAUGGCGAACAGAGAGGCUGGAGGCAUUGUCCCUCUUAUCUGCCUCAUCCUCACCCCAGUGGUCAUGAUUCGCCGUAGUACGGCGCUUGACCUCGAGGUCCGCAGCCGCGUAUCUCCCGAGUCUCGCCUGAGCAGCAUCGAUAGCGGCAUGUUCCGCUUCCGCGCCGCGAGCCAGGAUGAAGCGAAGGCCCUUUACGAGGCGGUGCACCAAAGCCGGCUGAACAAUGCUAGGUACAUUCAGCUUGCCGAGGAGGCACGUGUCCGUUCUUUUGGGCAACAAAUACAGAACGAUUCUGGCGCCGGUAGCGCCGACGGCACUGAAACCUCCAGCCGUCGGAAGAGCAUCUUUGGCCGCAAGAACAGUUAUCGCGCAUCCACUCGCGCGCCCAGCCAGCACAGCAGCGCGACAACCAGCGUUUCGGCUAAAAGCUUCUUGCGCCGCUUACUCGGCGGCGAGAACACGUCGUUCAACAUCGGCAAGUCCACCGUCGACAAGCAAUCCCGCCCUGGCUCCAUCGCCGGAAGCGGUGGUGCCCACGGCGGCGGCAGCGGCAGCCUGUACUCAAGCGGCUACUCCUCUGGUACCGGCGGCAAUGACUCCUCAACUCCGCCGCGGAGCGCAUCCGGCUCCGGCAGCCAAUCCCCCAGCCGCUGGAGCAUUGGUCUGGCCAAGCCGUUCACUCCAGGCCAACCGCUCGAAAUCCGCUGCCACUUGAACGUGCAGAACAACCGCUGGGCUGACAAGGGCGACUGCAUCCUGCACAUUGGCCGUCCUCCCCCGGGCGUACGCCAGGAGCUAUCGCUCUACCACGGCCUAGAGAAACGCAUCAUCGUGACACACGCCACCAAGAAGGUUUCUGACAAGCCACUCAUUUUGUUAGAUGCCGUGCUGGGAUCCAAAUCCUUCAGCAUGCUGGGAACAAAGGGCAUCAUGUGCAGCGUCUGGGAGAAUCUGCGAGACGAGGAAGGAAACGUCGGUCUAGCACCCCGCACGGGAAGGGUCGCUGGCAAGGUGACCAAGUGGUGCUUCCAAUGCAAGAGCGUGCAGCAGGCCAACUGGGUCUUUGGCAUGGUCACGAGCGAGGUGGAGGGGUUGCUGCUCUAG